UCACCAAACCGCUCCAAACAGUCCCAAGGGAAAGUCAACCAACCUUCAAAACUCCUCACAGCUCAAUCAUGAACUUCAACAAGCUGUUCGUCAUCGUCCUGCUGGCAGCACUGGCCUUUUUCGGACAGGCUGAAGCCGGUGGUCUGAAGAAGUUUGGCAAGAAGUUGGAAGGAGUUGGCAAACGGGUGUUCAAGGCAUCGGAAAAGGCACUGCCAGUCGUCACUGGAUUCAAGGCACUAGGAAAGUAGGACUUGAUCACCAAUUGAUAAGGCUUUCUAAAUGAUAUCAAUUAAUGUAAGAAGUGAGAUGAAUCUUGACCAACGUUCCUGAAAAAAAGUAAAAUGAAUAAACAUUAGACUAAUCGAUUAAAA